CAUACAGACACAUACAUAAACACACCCGCAAUCUGAUUGAAUCAACUGAUCAGCUUUGUCGCCGCGGUAUUGUGAUCUGUCUCUUCAGUCUACAUACAUAUUAACACACCCACCGACCUACAGACACACAAACACCGAGAAAUGGUGGCAGAGAACUGAUCAUGUGACAAGUAUUGGAACUUCGACAGAUAUUCCAGAAUAAAUUAUAAAAGUUGUGUGCCUUAAAAUACUCGACAAGAUCAUCUUUCUUUUUCUCUGAGUUUUUCUGACCGUCAUGUCACAGAGAAGGAGAGAAUGGAACGGUGAGAAACGGAGAAAACUAUCAGCUUCCAGAAUAUUCAAACUCGAGGCUGCGUUGAACCCUGGUUUGGCGGAGAAAUUAAAAACUUUUUCAGCCCAGCCUAAGCCUGUAGCAGUGACCACCGGAACCACGCCCCGGAUCCACCCUGUGCCCAGACUAUCCCGGCAGCAAGCAGUUCUUAGAGCGGAAGCCUUGAACAAAUUUAAAUGGAAGCUUCCAAAAAUAGAUUCCAAACAAAACGAGGCUAAAAAACGAAUCACCGAUGUCUUUUUGUCUGUUUUGAAUUUAAACAAAGACGCACGCAGCAGUACGCUUGUGCCUACAUCAAAAUCACUCACAUUUCCGUUAAACAGUCUCGGUGAACCAUUUCUUAGACGACCAACGACGCAUGCGCCAACUCCUGUCCAGCAAAACGGAGAUUUAUUUACCCUCAUCUUAAAAGGGAAAGAACUCAAACCAUUCGCAUUCAAGGGAGAUCAACUAAAAGCCAUUCAGUUCUACGCCUCGCAUUACCCUCUACUUCUCCGCAAACUUUUUGACGGGUACGGGUCCUUACCAGGUUCUGCUAAAGCUAUUACCGGAAAUGACGUCAUUGACGCGCUGAGAAUGACAAGUGCCGAGAGGCGGUGCCAAGAAAUCAACGCUUGGAUCGUCAGGCUGGAUGAGUGUCUGCGGUGGUUUGAGAUCGAUCCUGAGGAUGCUGGUGCCAUUGAAACUGUUCUAAGAUCGGAAUCUUUCACGCCCAAUACCUGGGAGUGGAACAUCCAAAAAUAUCAUUUACCAGAACUGAACUAAGUCA